UCCAAGUGCAGUUUGGAAAAUUUGUGGCAACCAUGUUGGAAUUCGUUGUGAUAAGAGGUAACUCGUGUUUUCCAUUUAAUGGGCGAUACAUGCUUGACAACUUUCCAUCAGUCUGUAAGCGCACGGACUGUGCAAACUCCGUCACACAAGGCACGAGCACAGUGGACCGCGCAAGGAGUACUUUCGACCUCGUGACAAGAACUGUUCGAUCGUUCGUUGCACAAGGACCUCCUUCUAUGCAGAUAAGGAGUAAUGCCCCUUACGACAUUGGCGGAUCAGCACCACAACCCUUCGCAAGUGAGGUCACGCAGCAAGCAAGUGUCGCAAUGCAUAUGGGCGUACAUGAGCGGCACGGUAACGCAACCCUUAUUCCCACAAUGGUGGGGAAUCCGUUUGAUCAGCGGACAUCGGCUUACCCCUCCCUCAACAGCAGGGAACGUUUUACAGUCGAGCCUCCAUCGCCCACACAGGUGCCAGCGAAACGAUCACGAGAGGUCUUUGAGGCAGGUGGGUUGGAACAUAUAUUAUGGAAUUCGAAUGAUGACAUCGACGACGAGGUUGUCGAUGAAUCCAGCGACGAAUUUGGAGAUGGAGAACCGGUGACAGGUGCCUCUCUCUCUCGGGCGGUUAAUGAACAAAGUGUGGUUCGUGUUGGGCAAGAGUUCACCAACAUCGCUGAUCUUCGGAAGGUCGUUGCCGACGAUGAGGUGAAGAAAAAGUACGAGUUUGGGAUUGUGAAGUCAGAUCCGACAAGGAUCAAGUCAUUGACCACACACUGCUGGGGAGGUGUGAGCAAGCUCUCCAAGAAGGUCGUGAACGCUGCUUGGGUGUCACGGUGGAUAGAACCGCGACUGCGUGACAAGCCAGACCACUCGCAUGUUGACAUUGUGAAAGACAUUUACCGGCAGCAUGGAGUGGUUAUCAAGUACAGGCUUGCAUGGUUUGCAAAAGAAGUGGCGAAGGCUAGAAUUGUCGGGCUGGAUGACGACGGGUUUCACAAUCUACGGAUGUAUUGUGUUGAGGUUCAACAUUCAAACCCUGGGAGCCGUGCUUUUGUGCAAGCGGAGGACGGAUGUCAGCGCUUCAAGCGCAUGUUUUAUGCACUGGAGGCAUGUGUAGCGGGUUUCAUGCACUAUCGCCCGCUCCUCGGCCUUGACGGCACUUUCUUGAAGACAAGAUACAAAGGCAUUCUCUUAAGUGCAACAACUGUGGAUGCUGAGGGUCACCUUUUCCCAGUAGCAUCCGCUAUCGUGCCUGGUGAGGACAACGAUAACUGGUUCUGGUUCCUCCACCAUCUCAGUGCGACCAUCCAGUCACGGGCCACCAACGAGAUUAUAACCUUCUUGUCCGAUCGAGACAAGGGUCUCAUCGACGCGGUGACCGAUGUUUUUCUGCGCUCUCCACAUGGAUAUUGCAUGCGUCAUCUAAGUGAGAACGUCAAGAAGCGGAACAAGGGGCCCGAGUACCAGAAGUUGUUGUGGGCAACAUCAAAGGCGGACACUUUUGCGAAGUUUGACAAUUUGGUUGCGCACAUGCGUGCAAUGGACCCCGACACGACAACGUGGCUUUUACGGAUGUGUGAUCCUGUGCAUUGGGCUGAAGCACAUUUCGAGGGACGGCCGGAGGGCGCGGUGUCCCGACCCUCCUUUGUGUGCCAAGUUCUUGCUCAGUACCAGUCCCUUGUCCCGAUGCCUGCGGCUCGUUGGACUGUUGUCGAACCUCCGCGGCUCUGCUGGUAUGCCAGAGUUGUGCCCUGACGUGGACCGGUCUUGUUGGUGCUUGUCCCUGCAAAAAGGAAGGGGGGUGCGCCACAAGACUUUCCUUUGGUCCACGCAAACUUCGCGCCCUGAUGUACAGCAGAGCACUACCGGCCUGUAGCCGUGGUAGCCACCGGGCUCGCCCCGGGACGCAAAGAUAGAGGGACGGGCGCAGUUUUUUCUGCUGCGUGUCGAGUCCCCCUCCACCAGGUUAUGGGUUAGGUGCACGGGACAGAUGUCGCUGUCAGAAUGAAAGGAACCAAGAAAA